AUGGAGAAACGACUAAGAAGCUUUAGAAAUCUUGAUACAGAUUUACAGAUCAAUGAAGAGAAGGCAACUGAGCUACUUGGCGCUCAAGCCCACAUAUGGAACAACAUUUUCAACUUCAUAAACUCCAUGUCUCUAAAAUGUGCUGUUCAAUUGGGCAUACCAGAUACCAUCCAUAAACAUGGCAAACCCAUGACUCUUUCCAAACUAAUAGGCGCAUUGCCAGUCCACCAAAACAAAGCACCUUACGUCUACCGCCUUAUGCGCAUCUUAGUCCACUCGGGCUUCUUUUCUCUCCAAACAAUUGGAGAAAGUGAUCACCAAGAAGAGGAGGGUUAUGUUCUUACUGAUGCUUCCAAAUUGCUUGUUGGGGAUAAUCCCUUAAGUGUCGCACCUUUCUUGCUGGCUAUGCUUGAUCCUGUCUUGACCAAACCGUGGGAUUUUCUGAGCACUUGGUUCCAAAAUGAUGACCCGACGGCAUUUGACACCGUGAACGGGUUGCCCUUUUGGAAGUACGGGGGCCAGGAGCCAAAGAUGGCAAACUUCUUCAAUGAUGCCAUGGCUAGUGAUGCUAGGUUGGUCAUCAGUGUCGUGAUCGAAAACUGUAAGUGGGUGUUCGAUGAACUGGAGUCCUUUGUAGACGUGGGAGGAGGAACGGGUACGGUGGCCAAGGCCAUUGCAGCAACAUUUCCAAAAAUGGAGUGCACUGUCUUUGAUUUACCACAUGUUGUUGGAGAUUUACAAGGGAAAGACAACUUGAAAUUUGUUGGCGGGGACAUGUUUCAACAAGUUCCUCCUGCAGAUGCCAUUUUGCUCAAGUGGAUAUUGCAUGAUUGGAGUGACGACGAAUGUGUGAAAAUACUUAAGAAAUGCAAAGAGGCAAUCACAAGCAAAGGAAGCAAGAAAGGGAAAGUGAUUAUAAUUGACAUCAUGAUAGAGAACAAGGAUGAAGACGACAAGUCGUAUGAAACUCAACUCUUCUUUGAUAUGAUGAUGAUGGUGUUGGCCACUGGCCAAGAGAGGAAUGAGAAGGAAUGGGCUAAGCUUUUCCAAGAUUCAGGUUUCAGUGAUUAUAAAAUAAUUCCUAUUUUGGGUUUACGAUCUCUCAUCGAAGUUUACCCGUAA